GCGACCCUAUGAAUCGGCGACCUCCAACAGGAUCUGUUAUAAACCAUCCUGUUCAGAUUUUGUAAACUCAGCUCUGUGGCUUCCUUUCGGGAAUCAAUCCAUCUCCCUCUUCGCCUAUCAGAUCCGACCUUGACAGGAAAAAGGCGGAGCAAUUCCUCUUACGUGGCUAACCUGUACGAGCCAACAGCUGCGGACCGGAGAGGGAGCGAGCGAUGGGCGGCUAAACUGCCACCGCCGCCUAUCACAGAAAUGAGCGCGCGCGCAUACAAACCAAGUAUGACAACGACAGCUGCGCGUGCGUGCCUUCACCCUCUCGCUGCGAAUCCCUUCGCCAAGUGGGCCUCAGUCAUUCGUUGAAAUAGAAGGCCCCGGCGAUGGCGGCUGAGGUGGAGUCGUCGCUGGAGCUCAGCCUGUCGAGCACCGGGGCGGGCCCGGGGAUGUUGCCCCCCGCGCGCUCCCGUAUCUUCAAGAUCAUCGUCAUCGGGGACUCGAACGUGGGGAAAACAUGCCUCACCUACCGCUUUUGCGCGGGCCGUUUCCCGGAACGCACCGAGGCCACCAUUGGGGUAGAUUUCCGCGAACGCGCCGUCGACAUAGACGGGGAGCGUAUUAAGAUCCAGCUCUGGGAUACAGCAGGGCAGGAGCGAUUCAGGAAGAGCAUGGUACAGCACUAUUACAGGAAUGUACAUGCAGUUGUUUUUGUAUAUGACAUGACAAAUAUUGCCAGUUUUCAUAGCUUGCCAUUGUGGAUUGAGGAGUGCAAACAACACUUACUCACCAAUGAUAUACCCCGGAUUUUGGUUGGAAAUAAAUGUGAUCUGAGAAGUGCAAUUCAGGUGCCUACGGACACGGCUCAGAAAUUUGCUGACACUCACAGCAUGCCACUUUUUGAAACAUCUGCUAAAAAUCCUAAUGACAAUGAUCAUGUGGAAGCCAUAUUUAUGACCCUGGCUCAUAAACUCAAAAGCCACAAGCCACUUAUGCUUAGUCAGCCACAUGAUAACACAGUUCGCUUAGAACCUGCACUGAAGCCUGCCAUGACAUGUUGGUGUUAGCUCACAGUAUUUUUACAGUAAUCUCUUUGGUCUGUUUCCCAUUGCUUUAAGAGUAUGGUGUAGGUAAUGUUCCAAUUUAGUAGAAAUUAUAUUGAAUCUGCUGGGCACUUUAUUGUACAUCCUCACAUCUUGUCUUUGUACUUUGUAAACUGUAGCAUCUGAGUUACUGAAGAAUUAUGGAAGGUAGAUUUUCCUAGUAAAAUUUAAACAUAGGUUCCAUUAAAGUAGCUUACUUUUGAGAUCUUUUUUCCACUAAAAGACACAUGGUGUAGGUUAGGUCAAAUAACUGAUGCCUUUAGCAUUCAAAUUGAAUAGACCACAGUUCUAUAGAAACCCAAAGAAUAAUAUGAAGUGAUACUUUUCAGUAUAUAUUUUUUAGAUAUUUGGUAAUGGAUUUGUGAAAUGAACUUCUAUUACAUGUCUUAAUCAUGCAAUGAAAUGAACUUAACUUGAAUACUAAUGUUAAGUCACCUUUUGCCCUCAUCGCAGUUUGUUUUCUGUGUAAAGUUGUGGUUUGAUUUUCUUCAUAGCUUUGUAUUGUUCCAUAUGUGAAAGAUAUCUAGGAUUAUCAACCCAGUCAUGUUAUCUUUUCCAUGAUAAAAGGAAAUGAUGUGAACCUAGAGGUGCAUUGAAUAUUGAAGCUGUACUGGACUGUAUUUUGAUAUCACCGCAGGAGUUUGAAUAGUAUCUGUUCAACUGCUCUGGAGGUGAAGCUAUCAAUAAGAAUGCUAGAUAUUGUAGUUGAGAUUAUACCUAUUUAUCUGUACCUUUAGAAGCAGAUAGAAGAUGAAGCCAUGCACUUCCCAUGCUGCUGCUCCACAGGCUUUUGUCCUGCUGUAGUGCAAACCUGUUUAGUAUCCAGAUGCAAUAUUAUGAAGCAAAUGGCCAAGUUAAAGGUUUUAAGAAUGCAGAGCGAAUCCUGCUUAAAGAUUCAGUGAAUUGCAAAUGUAGAUUCAUAUGAAUAAUAUUGGAAAAUUGAGCACUAACCUGCAUGGCUGAGUGACUUCCUGUGUUUUUCUUUUAAAAUAACCUGAAGCAGGAGCAGCUGAACUUAAGAAUCUGUAGCAUGUAAAAUAAUAAUACUUGUGUGCCUUAGCUAUUAAAAUAUAGGAGGGAUAGUAAUGCAUAAUCACAUAGUAGGAAACAUUUAUAUACAUGAAACAUAAAUGAAAGUGGCUGUUUUCCAUAAGUAAAGUUAGCAGCAUGUUUCUAGUAACAGAUGAAAGGCUGUAUUUCAGAUAUAUUUACAGCAUAGAAAUAUCUAUAAAUUGUUUAGGGUUGGACAUAUGACAGGACUGGCUUGAUGAUUUUGCAUGAACAUCUUUCUGCCAUUAUAACUGCCCCCCUCCCCUAAGACAGUUCAUGCCAAAGGUGCAAGGAGUGGGUGGGACUUCCUACGAUCAUUUCUUAAUAUGCACUACUGACACAAGUGCCAAUUUCAGCCUUCCAGUACUGAGUAAUUGGCAAGUAAAGAAAUCCUAGCCAAUUCUGUCUUUAUCUCAUGGCAGAAAGACAGCUCUAGACUUGCAUAUACAUUCUUGCUAAGCUAAGGCCAUCAUUCCAUUAAAGAAAUUAUUGAUUUGAUUUUAAUUGACUCAUAAAUUGUUAAAUAUGCAUAUAUUUAUGCAGGAAUGAAACAGGUCCUCAAAAAGUGACAUAGAGCCUUUGUAUAUAUGAACUCUCACCUGCAUAACCAAUAAUGGAGAUUAAUUUUAAUUUUGUUUAAUCUUUGUUCCUUCUCCUUCCCUCCACUUGGAAACCCAAAGCAGCUAACAGUAAUGGGAAUUCCUCUUGUAUGAUGGUGUCUGCCAACUGGGUUUUUUUUAAGUAUUACAAAUAAUUAUUUUACAAAACUGUACCAGGGCAUUUUUAAAUCAAUCUAAAGGUUUAAAAUCAGUUAAAUUAAUCAACUAAGCCAGGUGUAGUCAACAUGGUGCCCUCCAGAUGUUGUGGACUACCACUCCCAUCAGUUCUAGCCAGCUUGGCUAAUGGGUCAGGGAUGAUGAAAUUUAUAGUCCUAAACAUCAAGAGGGUAUCACAUUGGCUAUCCCUGAACUAAGCAUUACAGAUUUUCGUAUAAGUGAAUUGUACAGGAGUUAGUCUUAAGUUGGUUGUUCAAUAGCAUAUUGUAGCCUUUUUGAUCCUCAUUCUUCAUUUAUGGAACUGAUACUUUAUGUGUGUCUUAGAUUUCACAUUUCCUGUUUACAUGUAACCUUUUAGUUACAUAAACAGGGAAAGUAACCCAUGAAAUUUAAGUCCCCAUUGGAUAUUAUUCAAAGGAAAUGGAGUGUCAGUAUUAUGUUAACAUUUUUUUAAAAAUUACUUAAUAUACUAAACUCAAUUUGCUGAUAUCUAUUUUGUACCUGUAUUAAACACCUUAAGUUUUAUUACUUUUAA